AUCCAAGAUGGCGCUCAGAACAUACGGACAAAAACCAAAGUCCUUCCAACUGGAUGAAGGAGAUUACUAUAUGAUAGGCUCCGAAGUAGGGAACUUCUUGCGUAUGUUCCGUGGCUCCUUAUACAAGAAAUAUCCAUCUCUAUGGCGUAGACUAGCCACUUUAGACGAACGCAAGAAGAUUGUCGCUCUUGGCUUCGGUCACAAUAACUUGGCGACCAACGUGACUUUAUUGAAAGCACAAGAGGUUGAAGAGAUAUUAGAAGGGAAUGAUGAUAAGUAUAAGAUAUCUUUAGAGGCACAGGAAUCCUCUAGGCAGGCUGCUAGCGGGAAGUCAAAGCGUGGGACAACAUGGCAGCCCCAGACGUUGUUUCCAAGUAGUUCGUAUCAUCUUGAUGCAGUUCCUUGUUCUACCGCUGUCAAUAGGAAUAGACUGGGACCAAAGAGAAUUAGAACUUUUCCCACUUGUUAUGAUGACCAUGAUAUGGAGGCCAUACAUAAGGCAGCAACACAACCUGAGGUACUUGUCCCUAUAAGACUUGAUAUUGAUAUUGAAGGACAGAAACUCAGAGAUACUUUUACAUGGAAUAAAAAUGAAACUAUGAUCACCCCAGAAACAUUUGCAGAAGUGCUGUGUGAUGACCUUGAUCUACCAGCAACAUCAUUUGUGACAGCCAUCGCACAGGCUAUCAGACAACAGGCCAAGCAGUUUGAGGUGGAACCAGAAAUAACGCUAAAUGAGCAGAAAGAUCAAAGAAUAAUCAUCAAGCUGAACAUCCAUGUUGGAAAUAUUUCCCUUGUUGAUCAGUUUGAGUGGGAUAUAUCUGAACCUCRAAACAACCCAGAGCAGUUUGCAUUAGGUCUCUGCUCUGACCUUGGCCUUGGUGGAGAAUUUGUGACAGCCAUUGCCUACAGUAUCAGAGGACAGCUGAGCUGGCACCAGAAAACGUAUGCCUUCAGCGAGGCCCCAUUACCCAAGCUGGAUAACCCUGUACGGUCAGGAACGGAUGUUGAUAACUGGGGACCUUACUUGGAAACACUGACUGAUGCUGAGAUGGAGAAGAAGUUAAGAGACCAGGACAGAAAUACAAGACGUAUGCGACGUUUGGCAAACACUGCRCCAGUUUACUGAAACAUGGUUGAAAAAAAUAUUUAUAUAGUUUUAAGAUGUAAAUAGAGCUAAACGUAUUUCUUAUAAAUUGUUAGAGGACCUUUUGUUUUGUCUAUUAGUAAUUAUAGUAAAUAAACAAUACAAAAUACAA